AUGGCCCGUUCGUUCUUCCGCAAAUUGUUACUUAACUUAUCUUCUGAAGAUGUGUUGGAGGUUGUUCUUAAUGACGAGGACGGAUCAACAUUGAGGCGUGGUCGCAAUCAUCAUAAGUAUAUUCAGCGUGAUCAUAUUCAAGGGCAUAAAUAUCUAUUUCGUGAUUAUUUUGCAAAAUCACUAGUAUAUCCCUCGAAUUCUCUUUCGAAUGAGAUUUCAUAUGAGUCGUCUACUAUUCUUCGUAUUCAACAUGAGGUUGAGGCUUACGAGCCCUACUUCAUCCAAAUAAGAAAUAAUGCUGGAAGACUUAGUUUAUAUUCUAUGCAAAAGAUAACCGCUGCCAUUAGAAUGCUUUCAUAUGGAGUAACUGGUGAUUUUAUGGAUAAAUACCUAAGCAUUGGAGAAAGCACCGCAAUGGAGAGGUUCAAAAAAUUUGCGAAGACAAUUGUAACUAUUUUUUCUAAUGAAUAUUUGCAGUCUUCAAAUGUUAAUGAUAUUGCUUGA